AUGUCUUUUCAAGCAGGAUCUGGUAUCAGAAAGAAGUUAGUAAUCGUGGGGGAUGGUGCGUGUGGUAAAACAUGUUUGUUGAUUGUUUUUUCAAAGGGGCAAUUCCCUGAAGUUUACGUACCAACGGUUUUUGAAAACUACGUCGCUGAUGUGGAGGUAGAUGGGCGUCGCGUGGAGCUAGCUCUAUGGGAUACUGCUGGCCAGGAGGACUACGACCGCCUGAGGCCGCUCUCAUAUCCGGAUUCAAAUGUUGUAUUGAUUUGUUUCUCGAUCGAUCUACCCGAUUCUUUGGAUAACGUGCAAGAGAAGUGGAUUGCGGAAGUACUGCAUUUCUGUCAGGGCGUUCCUAUCAUCCUUGUUGGCUGCAAAGUUGACCUGCGUGACAACGCACAAACGGUUGAAACUCUACGAGCGAUUGGGCAGCAACCGGUGUCUGCUUCCGAAGCGCAAGAAGUCGCGAAUAAAAUCGGAGCUGUGUCUUACUAUGAGUGCUCGGCCAAAACCGGGUAUGGCGUUCGCGACGUCUUUGAAGCCGCAACUAGGGCCGCUUUGUCAGGCAAAGCUACUUUAAAACAAAGUAAAGCCGGCGCCAAGCAGAAGAAGAAGAAAAAGUGUGUUCUUCUUUAG